AAUGCAUAUACUACAACUGCCAUUAAUGGGACAGAUUUUUGUACAUCAGCAAAAGAUGCACUCAAAAUCUUGUCCAAGAAUUCAAGUCAUUUUACAUCUGUUAACUGCUUUGGAGACUUCGUAAUUUUUCUAGGAAAGGUACUGGUGGUGUUUUUCACCGUUUUUGGAGGACUGAUGGCAUUUAAUUACAAUCGUGCGCUCCAGGUGUGGGCAAUCCCUCUGUUAUUGGUUGCUUUUUUUGCCUAUUUAGUAGCCCAUAGUUUUUUAUCUGUGUUUGAAACUGUGCUGGAUGCACUUUUCCUGUGUUUUGCUGUUGAUCUGGAAACAAAUGAUGGAUCGUCAGAAAAGCCCUACUUCAUGGACCAAGAGUUUUUGAAUUUUGUAAGAAGGAGCAACAAAUUAAACAACGAAGGGGCGCAGCGAGACAAAAACUCAUUAAGGAAUGAGGAGGGAACAGAACUCCGGCCCAUUGUGAGACAGGAACCCAUUUGUACCUGGUGAAACUUUCCUUCUUCUAAGAGCCAUUUACAGAAUAAAAGAUAAGACCUGAUAGACCUUA